CGAAAGCGGGGGCGGGGCCUGGACCGGAAGUGCCUGGAAGAUGGUAAAUAAGCUGUGAGGAAAAAGAAUCUGGCUCCAUCUUUACAACGCCCGGAGCUCCUUCUAUCUCCUGGCGAUGGGGGGUGUCCUGGGACUGUGCUCCAUGGCGAGCUGGAUACCAUGUUUAUGUGGCAGUGCUCCAUGUCUGCUGUGCCGAUGCUGUCCCAGUGGGAAUAACUCUACAGUAACUAGGUUGAUUUAUGCAUUCUUUUUGCUUAUUGGUGUGGGAAUAUCCUGUGUGAUGCUGAUACCAGGAAUGGAAGAACAAUUAAAUAAGAUUCCUGGAUUUUGUGAUAGUGGGACAGGACUUGUGCCUUGUAAUGUGUUGGUUGGAUACAAAGCUGUAUACCGUUUGUGCUUUGGCAUGGCCAUGUUUUUCCUUUUGUUCUCCUUAUUGAUGAUCAAAGUGAAGAGUAGCAGUGAUCCUAGAGCUGCAGUGCACAAUGGAUUCUGGUUCUUUAAAUUUGCAGCAGCAGUGGCAAUAACUGUUGGAGCUUUCUUUAUCCCAGAAGGACCCUUUACUACUGUGUGGUUUUAUGUGGGCAUGGCAGGAGCCUUUUGUUUCAUCCUCAUCCAGCUGGUUUUACUUAUUGAUUUUGCCCACUCUUGGAAUGAAUCUUGGGUUGAAAAAAUGGAAGAAGGGAACUCAAGAUGUUGGUAUGCAGCUUUGUUAUCAGCCACAGCAAUGAAUUAUCUGCUGUCUUUAGUUGCCAUCGUCCUAUUCUUUGUCUACUAUACUCACCCAGAUGGUUGCUCAGAAAAUAAGGCCUUCAUCAGUGUCAACAUGCUUCUGUGCAUUGGAGCAUCUGUAAUGUCUAUUCUGCCCAAGAUCCAAGAGUCACAACCAAGAUCUGGUUUGUUGCAGUCUUCAGUAAUCACAAUCUACACGAUGUAUCUGACCUGGUCUGCCAUGACGAAUGAACCAGACAGACAAUGCAAUCCAAGUUUAUUAAGCAUAAUUGGCUAUAAUGUUACAACAAGCAUUCCAAAGCAAGGGGACUCUGUCCAGUGGUGGGAUGCUCAAGGAAUUGUGGGACUUAUGCUCUUUUUGUGUUGUGUGCUUUAUUCAAGCAUCCGGUCAUCCAACAAUAGUCAGGUUAAUAAGCUGACUUUGACUAGUGAUGAAUCAACACUGAUAGAAGAUGGUGUGGCCAGACAUGAUGGCUCACUUGAUGAUGGUGAUGAUGUUCACCGAGCAAUAGAUAAUGAAAGGGAUGGUGUUACUUACAGUUACUCCUUCUUUCAUUUCAUGCUUUUCUUGGCUUCACUUUAUAUCAUGAUGACCCUGACCAACUGGUACAGUUAUGAGCCUUCUCAUGAGAUGACCAGUAAAUGGACUUCAGUCUGGGUGAAAAUUUCUUCAAGCUGGAUUGGCAUUGUCCUUUAUGUUUGGACACUAGUGGCUCCACUCGUUCUUACAAAUCGUGAUUUUGACUGAACUGGAAUUCUGGCAUGAAAGUUCUUUUGUUUCUUGAUCAUUUGAAAUUGACAGUAUUCCAGACUUUGAUGUAAAUAUGUGUGUGUUAACAAGGUAGCCUACUUGAUAUUAGUCUGCAUGACAUAAAAUUGUGUCAUUUUCUGUUUUAUUUGUAUUUUCUUGCCAAGGUCACUGAUUUAUGUUGGAUUUAAUAGCAGUGAAAUAUAGUAUUGUGUGAGAUGGUAGGAAAAAUAGAUAAGGAAUAGGGGGAGAAAGUGAAAUAGAGUGAAAACCAAAAUGUUAGUAAUUAACACUUUAAAAGCAUGGUGGAAUUAAAAAGGUUUUUUUUUUUUUAUCAACUAUAUAAGCAAGUUAGGACUGCCUUUUAAUAAAUACCUGAUGACUUGAUUCAAAAACACACCUUAAUAAGAAAUUUGCUAUUCUGUAAUUCUUUAAAACAUGUUAUAUAGACAUUUUUGUGACAGCUGAUAUCUACCCAGUUUUUCCAUGAUUUCAAGAAAUGUGAUUAAUCACUUAAGAGGAAAUGUUUUGGGUUACACAGCAUGGAAAAUUUAAUCAAUAGUGCCUAAAUAAAUUUAAGUUUUCCUAAGGUGGGAAGAUUUUGGUAGGCAGGUACUACUUUUGCUAGUUACUUUUCCAUAGUGUUUAGCACAGUGGUAUAGAGUGAGAAUUCAUUUAGUAACAGAUUAUCUCCUUCCCUCUAACCUGAGAUAAAAAACUGUUACAUGUAGGUAGAACUUUUAUUAAUUUUUCAAAAAGUAAACUUGGAAUUUUGAAAAGACGAAUCAUGGCUUAUAUACGAAAGAUUUUGGAAGUCAGUUUAAAGGGGAAAAAAAAUAAAGUAGAUUUUUGUCCCAGGUCCAUUUAAACCUGGAAUGUUUGAGAUCUUAGAGAUGUAAAGUAACUUGUCCCAAGGUUAGAACCAGGAUUCCUGGCUAGUUAGAUGUAUUUGCCAUUGUACCAGAGUGGCACCAAAAAUUAUUCUGCAAAAUACAUAAUGUGUGUUGUACUUGAUUUAUUCUUGUGGCUGGUGCCUAGCAUGUCUACGGUUAACGGCAACAUUAUUUUAACUCAGUGCUGAAAGAAUGAACCCUGGCUUAAAGUUUGUUGUGCAGUUUUAAAAGUAUUAUUAAAUGCUUUUUGUAUUUGCUGCUGUGUAAUUGAAAUACAUGGGCUUUAUUUAAACUUGUUUGCUCCAUCUCAAAUUGAUCACUGAUUAUGAACCUAGAAAAAUACUUAAGCACUUGUUUUUGUAUGAUGUAAUUAUUGCUCUUUAUCUGUGUGACAUUAAAUGGCUAUGAAUGCAGGUGGAGUAUAGUAAAGCAACAAUUGUUAUCCUCCAACCUUAUAUUUGGAGAUUCUAAAUCUCUUGUGUUAAUAAAUUCACAAACCUUCAGCAUC